AUAUGUGAGAGCAUAGAGAAUUGAUACUUCAGGAGGAGGUGUUUCGUAAAAGUGCGCGUGUUCGAAUCGAUAAAGAUGACAGGGAAGGUUAAUGUUUCGGUUUUCCACUUAACCUCUAGUGUCCACUGGGUGCGUGUGAGAGUCGAAUAGUUUCACAAUCGUAUAGGCAUAAUAGAAUGCCAAAAGAGAAGAUGGAAUGACGACAGGCAGGUGUUUAGGUCGUGCGUGAAAUAAUUUGGCGUGGAAAUUUAGCAGCGCGACGCGUUACUUAUGAACAAAAACAUCAGCUUGCGGGGACAUUUAAUUGGCAAGUACGCGCAGGCGCGUCCCUUGCUUCUAGGGAUUCUGUGCUCGAAACAUAGGCUGCGUUCCGAUAUUCAUUGUCAGUACUGAAAAUCUAUAUAAUAUACGUGACCUGAACUAUAUAUUUUUAGUACUGGCAGUGAAUAUCGGAACACAGUCGUACUCUACACGUAACCGCCGCCAUAGUUAAUAUUUCAGCCAUUGAAAUAUUUAACAGCUUCAGAGAAUAUAUACGUUCCCGCGUCUGAAUAUCCGCUCGGUUGAGAGGCCAAUCGCAAAAUGAGGAUCUAUUAGCGACGCUAAUGUGUUUGAACACAUGGUUGUGACGAGGAGCGUAUCGCCAAUCCAAGCAUCGUGUAUAUAGAAAUAUAGAAAUCGUGCGCGCCAGCGCGACUCCGUCAGACGAGUGGCGCUCGGUAUUCGGAUAUUCGUCACUUGCCACUCGUGAAGUUUGCGCACGGCCACCGUAGUCAGGCGGCUAUGUACCGUUAGUUUGAAUCUAUUCCCGUUGGCCGGCUUGAGCGAGAUCCACGCUCACUUACCUACCGACCGAGGAGAGCCGAGUCAUAUUCGAUCGCAGUUGGUUGUUGCAAACCCGGAAACGAAGUGUGCGCGUCUCCGUUCAACGAGAGCUUGGUGCUCGCCCGAGAGAGAGCGAGAGAGAGAGAGAGAGAGAAAAGAGAGAAAGCGAGAGAGAGAGAGAGAGAGAGAGAGCGCGUGGCAGUGUGCGAACGCGAAUUUAUCGCGGAGUCACUCUCGAGCUCUCCUCGAGCUUCCGUUAGAGACACGCGCGCGCGUUCGUCCCAACGUUUCUACGUAUAUGUAUGACGUGUGCAUCAGCGACAAUCGCAGCUCAACGUCGGUCAGCGUGUUCACGUUAAAAUGAGAAAGUCGUUGCCACUGCGCUGAGGAUUGGGAACGACGACGCACGCGAGUCAGCCAGACGGACAAUUCUCGUACUAAGCGGAGGUACGGAGAACGAAGGCAGCGACAGUAACAGUGGUACGUUGAGCCGAGUGUGUACUCGGAGAGUUGUGGCUGCUUGCUCACACUCGUUCGUUUGCUCUUCCGCCUAAUUGCCUGCCCGUACUUACGAACAUAAUCUUUGUGAAAGAUGAAUUUCACACCUUUCCCUGGAUUUACUGGCUCGCUGCCGACAGGCACCGUUCAUCAAUUCGCCACAGCUAAAUUCGCACAGAAUCUUACCACUGGAGGACAAGUAGUCGGAGUUUUAUCUGGUGGUGAAGGUGGAGUUCAUUAUCUAAGGCCAGUCGAUCCUAAUGGCUUUGCCGUAGCUCAGAGUGGUAACAAUCAACAACAAAUUAUUACUUUACCCAUCACUGUUCCGGGUAAGGAUGGUACGCAGCAACAGCAAACUGUCCAGAUACAAGUAGUCAAUCCUAGUGUAUCUCAAAGCGGAAAUAGCGGCGAUCAGCCAAAAUAUCAUUUGGCACCGAUAUCUUUAAGCCAGUUCCCGCAAGGAGCAGCUACUGUUCUCACCGUUGCUUAUAGUCAACAGGGCGCAGAUGGUGUUCAAAUUCAAGUGCAACCGCAAAACACCGUAGCGACUACGCAAACAUCUGAUCAAACGACACAAAGUACGUCUACUGCGGUGACUACUACGUCUCAACAGACUAUUCAACAGACGGUGCAACUUCCGGGGGCGCCUGAAGGUCUAACCGUGGUCGCCCAAAUUCCUCAAGACUUGAUUCUACGAGAGAGCAUAGAAGAGUCCAAGGAAGAUGUGAAGGAGGGUACGACGCCAGUGGCUCUUAUCAAGCGAGGCAGUGUCAAGAGUCAAGGUAAUCAGAGCGGGGAAGAGUUUAUUACUUCUAUGCCUGCCAGUUGGCAGAGCCUCGCUGCUCCAGGAUCCACGGUCGCGGAUUAUCUCUCUAGACUGCCCACUAGUACUUUGCCCCUUAGUUUGCAACACUUUCUCAAGUUUUCGGCGGAGACUAUAAAAAGGGAAGCUACUAUUGAAUCCAGUCCGCUCGGAGCGGAUGGUCUCGACGCUUCCGGAAGCGCAGCUUCGGGGGAGCAAGCUGUAAUUACGGUCGCCGGAGGAGAAACGGCGAUUAUUCCUGAUGUUGUCGAAGAACAGGAACCAGGAACUAAACCGACGAAAAAGAAAUACAAGAAAAAGCCACCAAAACCGAAACCAAAACCAGGCCAAGUAAGCAUAGUUACAGCUCUCGAUGGUACGACUCUAUUUUGCUGCCCCCAAUGUAAUAUGGCAUAUCCAGAGAAAGAAAGUUUGGAACAGCAUUUGAUUGGACACAAAAUAGAGAGGAGGUUCAUAUGCGACAUUUGCGGCGCUGGUCUUAAGCGAAAGGAACAUCUGGAGCGACAUAAAUUGGGUCAUAAUCCUGACAGGCCUUUUAUUUGCUCCGUUUGCAUGAAGGGUUUUAAACGAAAAGAGCAUUUGAAUCUUCAUUUUGUUAUACAUUCUGGACAAAAGACCGAAGUUUGCACCGAAUGCGGCAAAGCGUUCUAUCGGAAAGAUCAUCUUAGAAAGCACGCGAGAUCUCAUCUUGCUAAGCGUGCCAAAGAAGAUCCAUUAAACACGAGCGAUACUACGCAAAAUCAACAACAGGCGGAUCAACAACAACAAGUGGAACAAAUGCAACAACAAUCUUCGGUGCCCGAAUUGCAGCAAAUUCAGAUACAAGUGGGACAAGGAUCUCAAGCGCAGAUUCAUCAAAUCUCCGUUAGCGAGCAGUCUACUGUAGUUUUGCCUACAGCCGCUGAAACUGGCGCUAUGACUAUGCUUCAUCAUCAACAACAGCAACAGCAAUCGCAACAGCAGCAGCAACAGCAGCAGCAAUCGCAGCAACAGCAGCAGCAAUCGCAGCAGCAGCAACAGCAGCAGCAGCAACAGCAGCAGCAACAGCAUUAUAGACAUUGUCUGCGCUGUCGUUCGUCACGGUCAUCGCCACCGCCGUCGCCAUCGCCACAGCCACAGCCACAGCCACCGUCACCACCACCAUCGCCAUCGCCACCGCCACCACCAUCCGGGAGGCUUGCGCCGGCGAGAUGCCGUUGCAUCGGCGCGCGUAAAGAAUGGUGCGAUGCAUACGAAAACGAUUCGUCGAUGGAAACUAAUGGAACUCACAAUCAGUCCGCGACGGCAUCUCAGCUCGCUUCCUCCCUUGCAACAAAUUCGUCGCUCGAUCGCGUUCCAUCCGCGUUAUCUUCCUCACGCUUCGCGAAACAUGUUACCUUGAAGCAUCAAGUAUACGAAUUCUGCUUACGAUCUGCAAUGAAUUUCCCGCCGUUCGGAGGUCACUUUCCUAGUACUAUACCAAGUAUUCAUCAAUUUGCGACCGACAGUUCCAGCGGGGCGAGCGCGCGUUACGCCAAUCAUUUUCCCAACCAGCCUCCAAUCGGAGUGCCGGUUGUGGGAAAAUACCGUCCUGAGAAUAACGGCGUACAAUCAGCUCAGUCGCAAGUGAUGAUGAACAAUAAAGCUAACUAUCCCAACAGCAAUGUUCAUCAUUAUCCAAAUGUGCCAUAUUCUCAAGCUCAGUCAGUUCAACAACGACCAACUAACUCGCCUGGAAUGCAAGAGAAACGAUCGUAUCAUCAGCAAUCCACAGAAACCAUAAAUCAACAAGAUGUUUGCAAUCUCCUUCAAGACAAGGACAAAAACAAAGAGAAGAAGACCGAGGAACAGCAACGCAACGGAGAGACUACUACGAACGGCAGCCAACAGGAUUAUACCGCGAUGCACCAACAUCAUCAACAGCACGCUCAUACUCAAACACCAGCUACUAUGCCCGCUACGUGGCAAUCACUCGCGACUCCCGGUUCCACUGUAGCUGAUUAUCUUAGCCACUUACCAGCUAGUACUUUGCCGCUAAGUUUACAUCAUUUUCUUAAAUAUUCUGCUGAAAGUAUCAAAAAAGAGUCGGAGAUGGCGCAAACGACCUCGGUGGCUGUGGCAACUACGACAACACCCAAUAUAAUGAUGUCGCCGAAUAACAAAAAGAAGAAAAAGAAGAAGACGCCGAAAGAAAAGAAACCACGUCCGAAACCUGGUGAAAUUCGUUUAACGACAGCAUUGGAUGGUUCGACAUUAUAUUGUUGUCCGGAAUGUCAUAUGGCGUAUCCAGAACGAGAAUUGUUAGAGCAGCAUCUUUUAGGACAUACUUUAGAACGGAGAUUUGUUUGCGACAUAUGUGGUGCUGGCUUGAAACGAAAGGACCAUCUUACUCGUCAUAAACAAAGUCACAAUCCUGAGCGACCUUACGUUUGCACCGUUUGCUUAAAAGCCUUUAAACGAAAGGAACAAUUGACUUUGCAUUUUGUAAUACAUUCUGGGGAAAAACGACACGUUUGCACCGAAUGCGGCAAAGGAUUUUAUCGGAAAGAUCAUUUACGGAAACACACUAGAAGUCAUAUCGCGAGAAGGGUCAAGGCUGAAUUAAGUCAAAACGCUGGCACACAACAGAAUCAACAACAGAACAAUGUUUCGAGUAUGCAAACUACAACCGUCUCGGCGUCAUCUGUUCUUCCGGGUGGGCAUCCGGGUCCUCUCCUGUCCUGAGCCCCGCCACCAGGGAACUUUCAAGUUCCCCAUCCAAAUAAUAUUCUUCAUACUCAUACGUCGCAUCAUUCGCUACAUCAUCAUCAUCUAGCAGCGGU